CGUGCUCUCAGUCAUUCAGCUGUUCUUGUUGCUGCAGAGUAUCGGAAGAAAUGAGUGGGGUACGUCCUACCUGGUGAACUCUUGUACUGUAUGAAUUGAUGCAUGCGAUGCUGCAGAGUAAAAUAUUGAAACCUGGGGUGGUUCGCUGUUGCAUUAAUCGCACACAGAAAACAGAAAUUGUACGACACACUGCUGCAGCUACUCAAAAUGGGACGGUACCUGUUAGAUUAUAUUCCUCGCAGAGGAAACCAAACUUCUUCUCUCAGUUUAUUGAAAACAUCAAACAGGAAAUGGCAAAGAAUAAAGAGAUGAAAGAAAGUUUAAAGAAAUUUAGAGAAGAGGCAGAAAAAUUGGAGCAAUCGGAAGCAUUACAGAAAGCAAGGCAGAAGUUCCAAACAGUGGAAUCUGAAGCUUCAAGGAGCACUGAAGUAAUAAAGGAGAAGUUUGGCACAAUUAAGGAGAAAGUGCAAGAAGCACUAGAGGAGGCUGGAAAAUCUGAAAUAGCCAAGAAAGCUGGUCAAAUUGGUGAAGAGCUCGGCAAAUCAGCACGGGAUGCAGCAGAAGCAGUUCAGGAGAAAGGGGCAGCACUGAGUCAGUCAGGUGCAUUCCGUGCUGUCACUCAGGGAGCAUCAACUAUCAAGAAGGAAAUUGAAGAAUCUGGGGUGCGAGCAAACUUGUACCGUCCUCCGGAGCGCUUGCGAAAGCGUGUAGAGUUUGCUGCUGCUGCUCGUGAUGCUGCCAAGGACAUUGCACCUGAUACAGAGUCUACUGGAAUCGAAUUGCACAAAGAUUCAAGGUUCUACCAAAGCUGGCAGAAUUUUCGCGACAACAACCCAUAUGUCGGUAAGAUACUGGACUGGAAGACACGUUACGAUGAAUCGGACAAUCCAGUGGUACGUGCCUCCAGACUACUAACUGAUAAAGUGUCAGAUGUGGUCGGCGGUCUCUUUCAGAAGACAGAGCUGUCCGAGACAAUGACUGAGCUGGUGAAACUGGAUCCUAAUUUCGAUCGACAUCGUUUUCUUAGAGACUGUGAGACGGACAUAAUUCCAAACAUCCUAGAAGCCAUAUCCAGAGGAGAUCUGGAAGUUUUGCGGGACUGGUGCCAUGACGCUCCAUACUCGUUAUUGUCUACUCCAAUACUGCAAGCACGAGCACAAGGUUUAAUCAUAGACUCCAAAGUGCUCGACGUUGACAAUGUUGACCUGGCAAUGGGGAAAAUGAUGGACCAGGGACCUGUCCUGGUUAUCAGCUUCACCUCGCAACAGAUAAUCUGUGUCAAAGACAAGACAGGCAGAAUCGUGGAAGGGGAUCCUGAGAAAAUAAUGCGUGUGUCAUACGUGUGGGUGUUGUGUAGAGACCGUGACGAACCGGACCCUCGUGCAGCGUGGCGCUUGCUGGAUCUGUCGGCUUCUAGCUCUGAGCAGUUACUGUAGCUGCGACUUAGUGUACAGUUGUUGAACAUUUUGCCAUAUUUACCAUUGCCAUUGUACAUGUUAGUUGUACGGGCAUUGUUGAUCUUUACACACACACUAUGUGGCACAUUUUAAGAUGUGUCAAAAAAACUGAAUUUGAUUUUAUAUUUUUUAUUAAAAGUAUUAUGUUACCAUCA